UUUAGGCCUGAAUCAGAAAGAAAUCAGCUGCGUGACUUUUAUUCUUUGUGUUUAAUGUUUAUGAGUCCGGACUGUGAGCUGCUCCCAGCCAGCGCUGAGCUUCACUCUUACAGCACACCAUUUACUCACUGAGCAGAAGUUACAUCAUUUCCUCUUGUGUGUGACGUACGGCUAAGUGACCCAUACUCAGGGUUUGUUCUCACACACACACCGUGAACACACCCGGAGCAGUGGGCAGCCGUUUACGCUGAGGUCCCCGGGGAGCCUUGCUCAAGGGCACCUCGGUCAUGUCCCGAGACUCGAACCCACAACCUUAGGAUUAGGAGUCAAACACUCUAACCAUUAGGCCAAAACCUUGUGUGUCACUCGUUCAUGAACCUUCAGGAGGUUGUUGUUCUUGUUCAAGAUGAUGCUGAAUAUCUCAGGGAUAUCUCAGAAUGUUGGUGAUAUGAGACCAGAGAACCUAGAGGAACCUCACAUGAAUCCAUAGGGCAGUCUUCAGGUGUCAAAUGAAUGACUGUACACAAAGUAUUGGCACCCUUCUACACACAUCCAUCAGUGUAAAAGGCGCAGCAGUAAGCAGAUAGGACCUGAGUGCAGUGCUGUCACUGAUGUUAUUAAUUCAUGAGUGAGAGAAAGCAAACAUCUCUCCUGCAUCGUGUUACCUUCUCUUAGCCUUUUCUUUGUUGUUCUCACUCGUGAAGUGACAUGGCUGAAAAAGACUGCGUAAAAGUGGCCGUGCGAGUCCGACCCUUCAACAAGAGAGAGCGUGAUGCUGGGAGUCGUUGUAUUAUUACUAUGACCAGUAACAGUGUGAGUAUUGAGGAACCUCGCAGUCAGCACCGCCGCACCUUCAGCUUCCACUUCACCUUCUGGUCUCACAGCGGCUUCAUGAAGAACUCAGAGGGUCUGUUUGUGUCAGAGGAAGACGGAGGACGAUACGCUGACCAGGCUUGUGUGUUUGCUGGAGUUGGGCAGGGGAUUCUGAAUAAUGCUCUGCAGGGCUAUAAUGCCACACUGCUGGCGUACGGUCAGACUGGUUCAGGGAAAAGUUACUCCAUGAUGGGCUUCGGAGCAAACAAGGGUCUCGUCCCCAAUCUGUGUCACUCAAUCUUCAGCUACAUCACAGACACACAGGACAGAUGCCAGUGCCAGGUUUUCUUCAGCAUGUUAGAAAUAUAUAAUGAACAGGUGUUUGAUCUGUUGUCUAGGUCAAGUCGCUCGGCCGGGGGUCUCCGUGUGCGUGAGGAUCAGCAGCGUGGUUUUUAUGUGGAGGGUCUGCGCAGGGUGGCAUGUGACAGCGCUGUACAGGUGGAGCAGCUGAUGGAGCAGGGAACUCGCACACGCACCACCGCCGCCACACACCUGAAUGCCAACAGCAGCCGCUCACACAUGCUCAUCAUCAUAGAGCUCAAACAGAUUUUCUCAAAGGAGUGUUUCACUAAACAGUCCAACAUUAACCUGGUUGACCUGGCAGGAAGUGAAAGGCAAAGGUCAUCUGGGUCAGAGGUCGAUCGUCUUAAAGAAGGAACAGCCAUUAAUCUCAGCCUGACUACUCUGGGGAACGUGAUCAGUGCUCUAGCAGAAGUGGCCCUGGGGAGGAGAGCGGUUUACGUCCCAUACAGAGACUCUGUUCUCACUAAACUCCUGCAGUCAGCGCUGGGAGGAAACAGCCGCACCGUCAUGAUUGCAACUCUGAGUCCAGCUGAUAUCUGCUAUGAGGAGUCGCUCUCCACUCUGCGCUAUGCUGAACGAGCCAAGCGGAUCCAGAACAAGGCUGUGGUGAACGAGGGACCAACGGAGAGACUGGUAAAAGAACUGAAAGCUGAAAAUGCUAAACUGUUGCUGAAGCUCAGUAAACUGGACCAGAAUGGGAGACGAUCUGAGCAGGAGACGCAAGAUCUGCGACGUUUGCUGACUCACAAUGAGCUGCAGAUCCGAGCAAUUCAGACUAUGUGGGAGCAACACCUUCAGGAAUCUCUGAAAGACUGGGAGACCCAGUACACUGCUAUUACACAGGAGCGAAGGAUGAUGCAGAUGUUUCCUUACAUGCUGAACAUUAAUGAAGAUGCACAGCUGUCUGGAGUCAUCAAGCUCUUUAUUCAGGAGGGUGACUGGGAUGUGGGUCUAGCAGACGCCUCACUGAGUCACAUCACCAUCAGAGGACUGGGUAUUCAGGAGCGACAUGCAAUCUUCUCAAAUCAGCAGCGUCGUGUGACGAUCACUCCAAUGUCAGGGUCAAAGGUCACAGUUAAUGGUGCAUCUAUAUCUCGACCCACAGAGCUGCAUCAUCUGGACCGUGUGAUCCUGGGCUCCAACAGCACCUUCCUCUUCAUCGGCUUUCCUUCGGAGCGACUCGGAGAUGAUUGGAGUCGUUAUGAUUAUGAUUAUUUUCAGUCAGAACUGGCGGCAGCUGAGGGAGUUCACCUACACACACUGUGUGACUCACCUGGACAGAGGUCCCUAAAGCACAACCCCAGUCUCCUAGCUGCCUUUUACGACUACAUCAAACUGAUGCCCAUGGUGACGGAGGCAAACCAAAUGAGUCAGGAGCUGAACAAGGGGGUGGUGUUUAAGUUGGAGAUUAAGAACCUUGCCAUGUCUGACUCUAAAGGUCACGACCUGGAGAAGGAGAUUGUGGUGAGAGUGAUGAAUGUGCAGAGCAAACAGGUGUGGUUGUGGUCCAAAGCGAAGUUCAUUAACCGUAAGUUCCUGAUGGAGGAGGUGUACCAGCAGGGGGCGACACUGCCACAGGACAAAGACCCCUUCUGGGACCCAGUGGAGCCUCUACACCUGGGCAGUGCUCACCUGUGGCUUCACCCACUGGCAUUCCGCAUUGCUGUGGAUGAGCAGGUGGAGGUGGUGGGACCUGAGGGUACUGAGGAGGCCAUUCUACAUGCACACCUAGUACCCUGCUGCCCCGAGGGAUUGCCCCUGGGAGAGGACGAUAUCCUGAUCGACCCCACAGAGCUGCUUGGGAAGCGACUGGAUUUCCGACUGAUCCUGGAUCAGUGCUGUGGGCUGCGAUGGGUCAAAGAGGCACGAACCCGUGGCAUUCAGAUCGGGUUCCAGAUGUUUGACUACAGAGAGCCACUGUACACUCAGGCGGUGUGGCAGUGUGUGAACCCACAGCUGGAUCACACUGUUCACUUCUCGGCCCUGAACACGUCACACACACUGCUCACCUACCUGCAGAACAAUGCUGUGGUACUGCAGCUGUGGGGUCUACAGGAGGGAUGUUCUGACAUGCCGUCAUGUCUGCACAGUGUGAGGAAAACUCCAGAAAACAUCAUCCUCAUCGACACGGAGCACACAGUUAGGACUCAUAGUGUGGAUAGCUCAGUAUCAGAUCAGUGUGUGUGUUUGCGAGCUCUUCUUGAGGAUAUGGAGCAGCUGAAGAAGACCAAUGCAGCACUGAGAGAAGAGAAUGACACAUUGAGAGAACAGCUCAGUACUUACACAAGAGAUGGUACGAUGUGCACUCGAGGACGCAGAGGAAGUCUGAAGUCUAGCUGCGAUGCUGAAUUCGCUCGAGCGCUGAAAGUGUUUUAUCACAGCAUGACGUCAGUUAGAGCCCAACUGCAGCGAGUGUGCAGACACAGACCCAGUGAGGAGGCAGAGCUGCAGGAUCUGAGAUUGUUUGUGGAUGAACACACACACCUGCUGAAGGAGAUCAGUGAGCAGGUGGAGCAGUGUGUGUGUAAACUGAAGCAGGACGUGGCAGCAAUAGUUCGCAGGAAGAAAGAGAAAUCUGUAACCUGCUCUUAAGCAGCACACGUGGAACAGGUGGGUUUAUGUUCUACCUGGGUUUAUGUUCUCCUACCUGGGUUUAUGUUCUCCUACCUGGGUUUAUGUUCUCCUACCUGGGUUUGUUCUCCUACCUGGGUUUGUGUUCUACCUGGGUUUGUGUUCUCCUACCUGGGUUCGUGUUCUCCUACCUGGGUUUGUGUUCUCCUACCUGGGUUUGUGUUCUCCUACCUGGGUUUAUGUUCUCCUACCUGGGUUUAUGUUCUCCUACCUGGGUUCGUGUUCUCCUACCUGGGUUUGUUCUCCUACCUGGGUUUAUGUUCUCCUACCUGGGUUUGUGUUCUCCUACCUGGGUUUGUUCUCCUACCUGGGUUUAUGUUCUCCUACCUGGGUUUAUGUUCUCCUACCUGGGUUCGUGUUCUCCUACCUGGGUUUGUUCUCCUACCUGGGUUUGUUCUCCUACCUGGGUUUGUGUUCUCCUACCUGGGUUUAUGUUCUCCUACCUGGUCACAAAGCUCCUCAGCUACACCUUACUGAGACAGGAGUGUGUGAUGGACCAAUCAGUGCCCCUGAUUACAGUCACAGUAACUGUGUGUAAAUGUUCUCACAGAAUAUUAUUAAAAAUGUAAAUAAAUCACUCUUCACAAGCUGAACCCUUUAAUCCAUUAGUGCAGAAAAUUACAGAGAAAAGCAAACAACAUACAUUUAAAUUCAGGAAUGUGUGUGAGAACUGAGCAGAAUAAAGACAUGCUAAGUGUGUAGCUAGCUCAGAGGCUAGGUACUGCUAGCUCAGGCUAGGUACUGCUAGCUCAGAGGCUAGCUCAGGCUAAGUAAUGCUAGGUAAUGCUAGCUCAGGCUAG